UACUAAAGUACAGAAACCAAUUACAUUUACUCAGUUACUCAGUUACUGUCCACCACUGCUAACUAACGGUAAGUCGUUAAAUCGGCGGGUUUAUUACAUUACAUUACAUUACAUUUACUCAGUAACUGAGUAAUUGAGUAACUGAGUAAAUGUAAUUAGUUUCUGUACUUGAUGCGCCUGUUGAUCUCAGCAUCGUAUGCGCAGUGCGCAGUAAGCGGGGAAAAAGGCUCCUGCAGCCCCUCGAGCAGCUUAACGCUACUCAAAUGCACCCGGUAAACACUUUAAAGCGCUGAAAACCUCCCGCGGACGCUUUCGCUCGCUGGACGCCGCCUAAACACGGACGACACGCGUAGCUGCAGAGAUAACGUCUGAUAUUAACUGCAUCAACUCGGCGAAGUAAGGCGCGGAAACGCACUGCCGAAACUACAUAUCCCAUGAAGCUCUCGUGUGCGCGUCUCAGGGCGGGAGACUACGUCAUAGGGUGCGUGGUUUGAACGCUUUCUGGCUUCGUCGAGUUCUGGGAUGAGUAGAUUCGGCCCGUUUGCCCGGUUCUGCGGCUCCUCGGCGGUCGUUGAGCGGUCUUAGGGCUGUUUUUAAAACUUGUUUGCUGCGGUUUGCGAGUCUGUGAUGGAUUCGGUCGAGGAGGACGUGUCCGCUCGGGUUCUGCUGAGGAACGUUCUGCACUCGGAGCCGGCCCGGUCUCCGGUAACCAGAAGCGUGGCUCGUAAUGCCACAGUUUCCCUUGUGCGGAGGAGCUCUAGAGUGAGGAACACCCCUGGGAACGAGAGCCCUCAAGUCGCUCUUCGGAAGAAGCUCAAACAGAAGCUUCAUGAGAGUGCUACUCAGUCACCACUCCCUCCCAGCAAAAGGCCAAGGUCACAGGGCCGAGCUGUGAAGACACCAGCAGUGGCUUCGUCCUCGCUGUAUGAUGAGGACAUCACACCUCGUGGUCUGCUCAGGGGCAUCAUCCAGACAGAGGCUGAGGCGUCUCUGCUGCUGUCUGGUCAGCCUGCGGUACCAGAGGCCAACCAGCAAAUCGUGGAGACUAGCCUCCAUAGCAACAGACAAAGUGAAGGCCCAUCUGGUCUUGAGUUGCCUGACUUGGUCACAGAGCCACUAAGUACUGUGAUUAGGGGGAUGAGUCGUAGGAGGCCGCCACCCACCUUCAAUGUGUCCGCUUUUGAGAGACAGCUGGACCAACAAACAGGUGAAGAAGAGAAUGAUGUCACUCAGGAGAAUACAGAGGAGACUGUGGAGCAGGAUCUUUCUGCUGGAUGUAAGAGUGUUCUGAGCCUCACCUUGAAGACUCCGUUUAUGAACGUUCAGUCUGAGAGGGUAGGCUUACGGCGAAAGGCAGCCACUCGAAGGCAGCCUUCUGUGGAUGCGUUUGAUGAGGCUGUCCAGAAACGCUUUGAGAGGCAUUGCAAUCAAGAUUAUACAGUAGUACAGGAUGGAAAGACUCUUGGAGAUUCUGAUUGGCAGAAGUUCACUCUUGGACUGAGCAAUGUCACAAUGCCUGACCUCACCACAGACAUUGUCAUGAGCAACACAGAACUCUACCUCCAACCAACGGUUUCUGCAUCUGUGUUGAAGGACGAUGAUGAUGGGCCUCCAGAGGUGGGUAGAUGUGAGGAUGGAAAAGCAUAUGAGACCAACAGAAUGGGAGGUGAACAUCAAGAGGAGCAAGUAGUGGAUGACUUUCAGGACAAACUAAAUGAGCAUUUGAGCAAAGUCUGUGAAACUGAGCCUGAACCCUUCCAAGAAAUGGAAGACCCAGAAACAGUCUCUCAGAUACAGGAAGAAAAGGAAGGGCUGGACGUAAUACCUUCAUCACAAGAGAAUGAGCCAGUCAGUUUGAGUCCUGAGGAGUUGCCAUUUGCACCAACUCAGGCAAUGACCGAGCCUGUCCCUCAGAUUCAGGAACAUGAGGGGAAAGUAUCUGACAUACAGGAAUCAGAGGUGGAAAAAAGUGAGAUGAGAGAAAGUGAGGAGGAACUUCCAUCACAAGUAUUGGAGCGGAUCACUCGGAGAGCCUACCACUCAGAGGGUGGAGCAGUUGUGGCUGGAAUAACAGCAAGAGGGAGAAGCACUAAAAGCCUUGGGGCAGAACAGUAUCCCACAGGUAAAGAACUGCAAAGUUUUACUAAUGCAAGUGCUGCAGAGGAGUUACCUCACUUGCACGAGGAACCAAAUAUCAGCCCUGCCUCAGCAUCCACCUCCCCCACUAUGAAGCCCUAUUUGUCUGAGAUGCAUCAGACCAGUCUGGCAGAAGUUCAGGUUGAUGAAGUGGAAGAUCAUACUGAAGGAAAUACUAGCAAACCAUUUGAGAUGCAUCAGACCAGUUUGGCAGAAGUUCAAGAUGAUGAAGUGAAAGGUGUUACUCAAGGAGAUAAUAGCAUGUCAGAAGAUGAAAAUAUUGUGACAUCUCCCGGCCAUCACAGCCCCACCCCAGACUUACCUGCUGACGAGGAGGAGCAGCAAGAGGAAGAUGAUGAGGAAGAUGCACAUAGUGAAGGUAGUGAAGAGCUGUCUAUGCAAACUCCUGCUUUCAUUAGACAAAGAAAGGAAGUACCAACUCCCGGCACACUGCGUACUCCCACAGUGCUUAAAGUUUUGAACACAGGCCCUGCCCCAAAGGUUGUGAAGCCUCGACCCAGACAGAAGACUCGGCCCGCCUCUCAUGUCCUUCCCAAGAGUUAUGUUAUGAGUGUGUUUAAGCAUUUUGCCAAAACCAAGGUGGCCAGUGACGUGUACCCAGUCAUCAACGAAAUACUGCAGAAAUACUUUGACCGUCUAGCGGAUGAUCUGGAGGCUUAUUCUGCUCAUGCAAAGAGGAAAACCAUUGAGAUUGAAGAUGUUGAACUUCUCAUGAGAAGGCAGGGCUUUGUGACUGACAGCGCCCCAGUCAAUGUAUUGAUUGAGAAGUUCCUCCCUCUCGAGUAUAGGAAGCUCCUCAUACCGGUGGCAACCAGUGGAAACAAAGUCAUUCCCAAUCAAAGGAGAUGAAUCUUCCACAACAUCUUCUUUGCUCUUCUUUUUGUUUCGUCUGUAUAGCUGUCUCUUCUAUGUCUUGGCAUUUACAUGUUGGUUAAUGUGGUUUUUAAUGUUUUUGGCUGCCUUUUUUUUUUUUUUCUUCAAUAUAUCAGACU